GAGAGAGCGAGAGAGGGGGAGAAUUCUGCCGAAAGAUAGUUAGAAAACCAGUUUCUCUACGUCAUUCCUGUUGAAGAUGUGACCCUCCAUUUUCGUGUGUUUGUGUUUUCUACCUUCCUACAUCAUACAGGUUUCUUCCACUGCCUUGCACAUCGUUGUAAUUCAUCUCCUCUCAGAAGCCAUGAAAAUCGCGUCCUUCAACGUUCAACGAUUUGGGUUGAAAAAAGUGUCAGAUCCAUUUGUCUUGUCGACACUUGUCAAGAUCGUGUCUCGGUAUGACAUCAUGCUGAUCUUGGAGGUGACAGAUGUGAGUGGGGACUCUGUGGACCUCUUCCUCAAAGAGCUCAACGCAGCGAACACGGUGCACCACUACACUCUGAAGAUCAGCACCCGACUGGGCCGGACCAGAUACAAGGAACAGUUCCUCUUCCUCUACAGGGAUGACCUGGUGGAUCUGGUGGAUACGUAUCAGUAUGAGGAUAACCAGGUGGACGACCACGAUGCCUUCGCUCGGGAGCCUUACAUCCUCCGCUUCAUGUGUUCCCACACAGUUUUAAAGGACUUGGUGCUAAUCCCGGUACACACUAAACCAGACGACAGCGUGAAGGAGCUGGAUGAGCUGUACGAGGUGUUCCAGAUGGUUCACAAGAAGUGGAACACAGAUAAUGUGAUGAUUCUUGGGGACUUCAAUGCAGACGGAACAUACGUCUCUGACUUCAACCAGAUCCGCAUCAGGUCCGACAAGAACUUUCACUGGCUGAUUGGAGAUGAUGUGGACACUACUGCCAACACAGGGAAUGAACACACAUAUGACCGUAUUGUAGUGUAUGGCGAUGACAUGCUGGCGGCUGUAGUGCCUGGCUCUGCCCAGCCCUUCAACUUCCACACUGAAUACAACCUGUCUGAGAGAAAGGCCCUGAAGGUGAGCGAUCACUACCCGGUGGAGGUGGAGCUGCGCUGGGAGCCUCACGGCCCCAUCGGCUGGAACAUGGGCCCCCCCAACGGGCCCAUGGCCAACCCUCGCUCCUUCCCACCACCACACCAGCACCACCACGCUGACCAUCCAGCUACAGGCACACCGGAAUUCGAACUCAUCCCAGACAGUGAGCUGCCACCCUACGAGCCCUCCUUCCCAAUCCCGCCGGCUGACCACCGCUACGAUCCAGCAGCAGGGACACAAAGAAAGCAGAUACCUGUACCUUUUGACUCGGGUGCUGGGAGCAGCUCGUCGCCGUACCCAACCAUAAGAAGUGACCUGCGGCAGUAUGACCCUGUCACCAGGGGUGGCCCAAGAAUGGCCUAUGAUUCAACUGUUGGAGGGACCCUGCCACAAGUGUUUAGAGGAACCAGGGAUGACCUCCCUCAGCCGUCACCAUUUCAAGGGAAUGCAGUGGUGAUCUUUCCCCCGCGAGUGGAGCAGUUGAUGGUGGAGGUGCUGGGCAUGCAGAGGGACAACAUGCUGCUGGAGAGGGAGAAGCUGGGCCUGGAGAUACAGAUGCUCAAGCAGCGAUUGGCCAGACCUGACGGGGAAUAAUGUGUGUGUGUGUGUGUGUGUGUGUGUGUGUGUGUGUGUGUGUUGGGGUGUAGCUGUGGCCUAGUGUUUUAGGGAGAUGGACUUAAGAUCAGAGGGUUUGCAGGUUUGAGUCCCACCUACCUCUCCCUACACCUCCAUCCAUGGCUAAGGUGCCCAUGAGCAAGGCACCUAACACUGCUCCAGGGACUGUAACCAAUACCCUGUAAAAUAACUGUAAGUCGCUUUGGAUAAAAGCGUCAGCUAAGUGUAAUGUAAUGUAAUGUAAUAAUUGUGCGCAAGACUCUACAUGUAAACUAAAGAGGAUGACUUAGGUGUUCCAUUGAUCACAGGACAAAAAACACUGUAUGCAACCGACUACAUCAUGUGACUGAUUAUAACCAAAUAUAUCUAUUCUGGCACGUAAAUAUAUUUAAUUCAUAUUACCAGCAUUCCAUACUAAUGCGCACAAUACAUACGUAUAUGACAUCUUCCCCUUUUCAAGAUGACAGCAAGGCACAAUGCAAUGCUAAUACUGCAAUGGCUGGGUCAACACAGACACAUAAUAAUGGCAAUGAGGAAAUGUUGUUGAUUGGCCCGAACAGACAGGGAGCGUGAUGCUUAGACUUCAGAAGGCAGCUUUGUUUGGCCUGUGUUCUAGAUGACUCAGAGACAAAGAAUAUUUUACAAUGUCCAUGUGUGAAUACUCCACUGUGUUUUUGCGUGUGUGUGUGUGUGUGUGUGUGUGUGUGUG